CAUUAGACAUGCGCAGUCGUUAGGGAAGGCAUAAAAGCAGAAAGUAGUGAGAGGCGACAGUUGGUAGCCUAAACCUUUUGCAGACGGUACGUUAUUUGUAGCAUGAGUUACGGUAGAGGUCCUCCUAGUAUAGAAGGCAUGAUUUCUUUGAAGGUUGAUAAUCUCACAUACAGGACAACACCAGAAGAUCUUCGCCGUGCCUUCGAAAAAUAUGGCGAUGUCGGUGACGUCUACAUUCCUCGUGACCGGUUUACCCGUGAAAGUCGCGGGUUUGCUUUUGUUCGUUUUUAUGACAAACGUGACGCCGAGGAUGCAAUGGACUCAAUGGAUGGCGCAAUUUUAGAUGGUCGUGAGGUUCGUUGUCAGAUGGCUCGCUAUGGAAGACCAGCCGAACCAUACAGACGGGGACCACCACCACGCCGCUUUGGACGUUACAGAUCUAGGUCAAGAUCUCGAUCAAGGCGCCAUAGAAGAAGGUCAAGGAGUCAUUCACGCAGCCGCUCAUACAGUCAGAGCAGGAGCCGGUCAGGAAGCCAGAGCAGAUCCAGAAGUCACAGUCGGGAGAGGAAUGAAAAGUCUCGCAGCAGAUCGCGAAGUGGCUCCAAGUCGCGCUCUCGCAGUCCUGCAAAGUCUGAAGGAUCACCCAAGGAGGAUGCUCAACAGAAUAACUCCGAGUGAGAAGUGCAUUAAAAAGUGGAGGCUGAACUCCUGAGCAGUUUCAUUGUGCUGCUUGCUGUCAGCAGCUCAUGACCAGUCCAGCCAGCACGCUGACGUUCAGGUCAUUAUUAGCUCGCACACACAUAAACUUGAAAACUGCUCAGUUGCAGACUCUUCAGAAUGAAGUAACAUGCAAAGAAAGUAUUGGAUUUUCUUGCAGAACUCAUCAAGCUAUUCUAUAUACGACAUUUUCCCGUUAAAUCUUCUGGGUUUGCUUACAAUUCAGAUUUAGCCAGGUCUUAUGGUUUUAAUUCUUUGUAGAUAAUUAAAUUUUUUUAAAUGUCAUUUUUCAUGAUAACCAUGCCAUAAAGCCAUGUGUUUGCUGUUCAUAUAUUAAUGUGCUGUUUUUAUUUCCCCAUGCUGUAGGCGCUGUAAGGGGUAGUAAGAGCUGUGCAGUGCUGUAUGCAGUUAUCUUAGCUGUUGGGUGAGCGGAGGUGCCGGCUGCCUGUGCUGCAAGAGCUGUAGCAGUCUGCAUUGCUGUGAGCUGUAGCAGUCGCCGACAUGGUGAUCGGCGUGGGGAAAUGGCGUAGCUGCCGGCGCCCGAAAAGAGCUGAAAUCCUCAUGUUGCUUAAAGAGCCUGAUCUGACCAAGCAUUGAUGCACAUCCAGAUUUGUCCGCAUUCAAAACACAACUUGUUCCAACUUUCAUUUCUAGCCUUGGUUUAAAAAAUCAUUUAAGUGGGUUAUUUAAUGGCUAACUAUGAUGGUGUAGAAAUCUGUUUCCAUCUUAUUCCGCUCAAGUACCAUUGGGGCACAACUGCAUUGGCUGUUGAGAUUUUAAAGCCUUUCAUUGCUUCAUGUGUGCAUUCCUGUUUAUUCUAAUUAACAGUACACGCACGAGGUCAUAUUCAAAAGCAUUUGUGGUGCAAUGAAUAGCAAGGCUUUGGGGGAAAUAAUUUUUCAAUCUGGCAACAUGUUUGCAAGGUAGGUUCACUUGCACACAUCAGAUAUUGCAGGUUCCAGAAGCUGAAGGUGGAAAAAAAAUACAGGUAGACCAAUCUGCACAGGAUUGUUUUAAGAUUAAACAAAAGUGACAUUUCA